AUGGGAAAGCGGAAAAGCGCCAAGCCCCCACCGGCGAAGAGCAAAGCAAAGCUGGAUGUAACGUUCGCCUGUCCGUUUUGCAAUGCAGACAAGAGCGUGACAUGCACGAUGGACCGGGAACGGGGCGUGGGAUCGGUUUCCUGUACUCAGUGCAGUGCAAGCUUUGCGGUGAAGAUCCACACUCUGUCAGAGCCCAUCGAUGUGUACAGUGACUGGAUCGAUGAGUGCGAGCGCGUGAACGCUGCAUGA